AAGCAAGCAAGACAUGGCAGCCCUCAGUGUUCCAGUCAUCUCCCUCCCACAUCACCACCCUGUUACAAAACCCAAUUUCAGAGUCACGAAUAACGACGACCCUCGCUUUGAUAAUCACUCGGUACUUUCCCUGAUCGAUAAAUGCUCGGAUAUGAAACAGUUGAAGCAAAUCCAUGCUCAGAUGCUCCGUACCGGAGCCUUCUUCCAUCCUUAUUCCGCAAGUAGACUAAUCACUAUGUGCACACUAUCUCCUUUCGCAAGCCUCGAGUAUGCCAGACGGGUAUUUGACCAAAUCUCCCAACCAAAUGUCUAUACUUGGAACACUCUCAUUCGUGCUUACGCUUCCGGUCCUGAGCCACACCGAGCUCUACUAAUCUUCUGCAAAAUGCUUCAUCAAUGCCCUGAUCCCCCCAACAAAUUCACUUUUCCAUUCGGAAUCAAAGCGACUUCGGAGCUCUCUGCUUCACGCGAAGGAAGAGCUUUUCAUGGCAUGGUUGUUAAAGCUUCACUAGCUUCCGAUGUUUACAUACUCAAUUCUCUUGUCCAUUUCUAUGCUGCGUGUGGGGAUUUAGAUCAAGCUUAUCAAGUUUUUGUGAACAUUCCCAACAGAGAUGUUGUUUCUUGGAAUUCUAUGAUUACUGCCUUUGCACAAGCGAACCGUCCCAAAGAGGCAUUGGAGCUGUUUCGGAUGAUGGAGAUGGAGAAGAUUAAACCAAAUGAUGUAACUAUGGUGAGCGUUUUAUCAGCUUGUGCGAAGAACUUGGACCUGGAGUUUGGGACCUGGGUUCAUUCUUAUAUUGAAAGGAAUGAGAUUGACAUGGAUUUGAUUUUGAGUAAUGCAAUGCUUGAUAUGUAUACCAAAUGCGGAAGCCUUGGGGAAGCUAAAAGACUUUUUGAUAUGAUGCCCGAGAAAGAUUCUUUCUCGUGGACAACUAUGAUUACUGGGUAUGCAAAAUCAGGGGAGUUUGAUGCUGCUCGAUGUUUUUUCGAUGCGAUGCCUGCCCGAGAUAUAGCUGCAUGGAAUGCCCUGAUAUCUGCUUAUGAACAGAGUGGCCAAGCCAGGGAAGCUUUGUCUCUAUUCCAUGAGCUGCAGCUCAGUUCAAGUGCCACACCAGAUCAAUUCACACAUGUCAGUGUCUUGUCUGCCUGUGCUGAAUUGGGUACAAUGAAUUUAGGUAGUUGGAUACACAUUUACAUAAAUAAACAAGGUAUCAAGCUAAAUUGCCAUCUGGCAACCUCUCUUAUUGACAUGUAUUCCAAGUGCGGGGAUCUAGAUAAGGCUCUCGAGGUGUUCCAAUCCAUGGGGAAGAAGGAUGUGUAUGUUUGGAGUUCCAUGAUUGCAGGCUUGGCUAUGCAUGGUCGUGGCAGAGACGCAAUCCAUCUCUUCUUUCAAAUGCAAGAGGCUAUGGUUAAGCCAAAUGCCAUUACUUUUACCAACGUCUUAUGCGCCUGUAGCCAUGCUGGAUUGGUGGAGGAAGGAAAGUUAUAUUUUGACCAAAUGCUUGCGGUGUAUGGGAUUACACCUGAGAUCAAGCAUUAUGGGUGCAUGGUGGAUAUUCUUGGUCGUGCUGGUCUCUUAGAUGAAGCUGUCCAAUUUAUACAGAAUAUGCCAAUAGUCCCAGGUGCUUCUGUAUGGGGUGCAUUGCUCAGUGCUUGUCGGACUCAUGGAAAUGUUGAGCUGGCGGAAUAUGCUUGUAAUCAACUGCUUGAGCUGGAGCCUAGGAAUCAUGGAGCUUAUGUGCUUUUAUCCAAUAUAUAUGCCAAGUUUGGGAAAUGGGACAAGGUCUCAAUGUUAAGAAAACUUAUGAGAAAUUCUGGAAUCAGGAAAGAGCCUGGUUGUAGCUCAAUAGAGGUAGAUGGUGUAGUUCAUGAGUUUCUAGUGGGAGAUAAUUCCCACCCUCUAUCCAGAGCGAUCUAUUCCAAGUUGGAUGAGAUCAUGGUGAAAUUGAAAUCUAUAGGCUAUGUGCCAAACAAGUCUGACCUACUUCAGAAUGUAGAAGAAGAGGAUGUGAAGGAGCAUGCACUGUACCUCCAUAGUGAGAAGCUGGCAAUAGCUUUUGGGCUUAUCAGCGUGGACCCACCUAAACCAGUUCGAAUCAUGAAAAAUAUUCGCAUUUGCAGGGACUGCCAUUCAGUAGCUAAGCUCAUUUCUAAGCUUUAUGAUAGAGAGAUAUUAUUGAGGGAUCGGUAUCGGUUCCACCAUUUUAAAAAGGGACAGUGCUCUUGUAUGGACUAUUGGUAAACAAGGAAUUACUGAACGAAGUCUGGGUUCAGAAACUGCAAAUACUUGAUGUCUUGCUAUGGGAAGCAAACAGGAGUUGUGAGUGGAAACAACAGCUUCUGGUGAAAAUUAACAUACAGUAGGACAAAGAGUUUUGCAAGUAGAGAUCUUCGACGUUGAUCUUUAUUGAAAACUGGAAUGUUGAAUUGAAAAAUAGGAAAUCAAUGCAGCUUCAAAUAUCAGAAGAAACCAAUUAGGUCAUCCAAUUUGGUUUUGGCUUGAUCUUGCUUGCUAAAGUCCAACAGUAUUGAACUGCUGGAUGAAAUGUCAAUGGUGCUGAGUUGUGUUCCAUCUCUGAUUUCCCUGCCCCAGUAAAAUUCACCAAUAGAAUGUAAUUCCACAAAAUAGCAUAACUUGUGUCUGCUGGCUCUCUUGGUUAUUCUAUGGAACUUGAUAUCCCGAUUGUCAUUAUUGAAGCCAAGCUAUUUCAUCA